CUUGUCCAUUCUAAUUUGACCUCUUUCUUCUUCAGUUUCCACCUCCAAUCUCGCCGGGCCUGGUCGGAAUUCUGAGUGAAGACCCCUUACCGGUGAAGAACUUUCGGCUUCGUUCCAUUGAUCUUUCCGUUCUGAUCUGAAGAUGAAUGACGUAGAUGUUUCCAAGCAGAUCCAGCAAAUGGUGAGAUUCAUCCGCCAAGAAGCGGAAGAGAAAGCGAACGAGAUCACAGUCUCCGCUGAAGAAGAAUUUAACAUCGAGAAGUUGCAGUUGGUUGAAGCUGAAAAAAGGAAGAUCAGACAGGAAUAUGAGCGCAAAGAGAAGCAAGUAGAAAUUCGGAAGAAAAUAGAAUACUCUAUGCAGCUCAAUGCUUCUCGUAUCAAAGUUCUUCAAGCACAAGAUGACGUGGUAAACUCCAUGAAGGAGACAGCUUCGAAGGAUCUCUUGCACGUGAGCCACCACAACCUCCUGCACAUCCACAACCACCAUGUGUACAAAAAGCUUCUGAAAGACCUUAUUGUUCAGAGUUUGAUGCGAUUGAAAGAGCCUGCUGUCCUAUUGCGUUGCCGGAAGGACGAUCUGAAUUUGAUUCAAUCUAUUAUACCCUCAGCUAAGCUGGAGUAUGCAGAGAAAGAAAAUGUUCAUGAACCUGAAAUUAUCGUUGACGAACAAGUCUAUUUGCCUCCUGCUCCUACCCAUCAUCAUGACCAUGGACCUUUCUGCUCUGGAGGAGUUGUGUUAGCUUCUAGAGAUGGCAAGAUUGUUUGCGAGAACACCCUUGAUGCGAGGUUGGAUGUGGUAUUCCGAAAGAAACUGCCAGAGAUCCGUAAGUCGCUUUUUGGACAGGUUGCAGCAUGAUUGGUUGGAUGUUUGUGUGUCAUCACUUGUUUGAGAUUAUAAGGUUAAGAAUUUGACCAUCAAUGAUCGAAACUUUGUUCUAUUUGUUGUUUUGAGUCUCUUCCAUUUAUCAGUUUCUGGGAGGUCAUUAUGCAUUCUAUUGACAAGAUCCAUUGUGUUAUUUGGGACAAACAGAACCAGAACUCUCAGUUCUUAAAUAGUUGUAAAAUAUGACUCAAUUAAAAAAGGAAAGACUGGAGAGGGUUGAUCAUUUUA